AUGGGUUCUGUUUCUGUUUCCACCAUCUUCUGUUUCCUUCUCGUUACGCUCUUUUCACAAUGCCAAUCAUCACCGUCCAAAAAAACCUUCAUAGUUCACAUGAAGGACCACGAUAAGCCUACCGUAUACCAAACCCAUCACGAUUGGUUUUCUUCAACACUCCAAUCUCUCUCCAUUUCCACCGAUACCGAUACCAAUACGGACUCAGUCGACUCCGAUCCGCUUCUGUACUCUUACACAACCGCUUACAACGGUUUCGCCGCCACGUUAAACGACCAACAAGCGCAAGCACUACUCCAAAACGACGCUGUUUUGGGUGUUUACGAAGAUACUCUCUACCAUCUUCACACUACACGGACUCCACAGUUUCUUGGACUCGAAUCGGGAAAUGGUUUAUGGGAAGGACAUGGAACGCAGGAGUUAGAUCAAGCGUCACAUGAUGUUAUCGUAGGGGUGCUUGACACUGGAGUUUGGCCGGAAUCUCCUAGUUUUAACGAUGCUGGUUUGCCUCAGAUUCCCACGCGCUGGCGUGGCGCGUGUGAGAAUGCACCAGAUUUUAACGCGACGCACUGUAACAGAAAACUCAUCGGUGCUAGAAGCUUCUCUAAAGGCUUCCACAUGGCUUCCGGUUACGGAAAAGGAUCUAAAGAUGAUGAAAUUGUUUCGCCUCGUGACACUGACGGCCAUGGGACUCACACGGCUAGCACCGCCGCUGGCUCUCAUGUCGGGAAUGCUAGUUUUCUCGGUUACGCUGCUGGAACCGCUAGAGGCAUGGCUCCUCAAGCGCGUGUUGCGGUUUACAAAGUUUGUUGGACUGACGGUUGUUUUGCUUCUGACAUUCUCGCCGGGAUGGAUCGUGCGAUUCAAGACGGUGUUGACGUACUUUCUCUCUCCCUCGGCGGUGGAUCUGCUCCUUAUUUUCAUGACACCAUUGCGAUCGGAGCUUUCGCAGCGGUGGAGCGUGGGAUCUUCGUUUCCGCUUCCGCUGGUAACAGCGGUCCCACCAGGGCUUCACUUGCCAACGUGGCGCCGUGGAUUAUGACCGUUGGAGCAGGAACAUUAGACCGGGAUUUUCCGGCUUAUGCAACACUUGGCAACAAAAAACAGUUUUCAGGAGUUUCUCUUUACAGUGGAAAAGGAAUGGGAAAUAAACCGGUUAGUUUGGUUUAUUUCAAGGGUUCAAAUUCAAACCAGUCUGCUAGUAUUUGUAUGGCCGGUUCACUCGACCCGGCUUUGGUUCAUGGAAAAGUGGUUAUCUGCGACAGAGGAAUCAACGCGCGCGUGGAGAAAGGUAAAGUUGUAAGAGAGGCCGGUGGAAUUGGGAUGAUUCUAGCGAACACUGUGGCAAGUGGGGAAGAAUUAGUGGCGGAUAGUCACCUGUUACCGGCUGUGGCGGUAGGGAGAAUCAUUGGUGAUCAGAUCAGGGAGUACGUGUCUUCUGAUGCUAAUCCAACGGCUGUGCUUAGUUUUGGUGGAACUCUUUUGAACGUUAGACCUUCACCUGUGGUGGCAGCGUUUAGUUCGAGGGGGCCCAAUAUGAUAACAAAAGAGAUUUUGAAGCCUGAUGUUAUUGGGCCCGGUGUGAACAUUUUGGCUGGAUGGUCGGAAGCUAUUGGGCCCUCUGGGUUGCCGGAGGAUACUCGCAAAACACAGUUCAACAUUAUGUCAGGCACUUCAAUGUCUUGUCCACACAUAAGUGGAUUAGCUGCAUUGUUGAAAGCAGCUCAUCCAAAUUGGAGUCCAAGUGCAAUAAAAUCCGCACUUAUGACAACAGCUUAUACACAUGACAAUACCAGGUUCCCACUUCGUGAUGCUGCUGGAAAAGGCUUUUCAACUCCAUGGGCUCAUGGUGCUGGCCAUGUCAACCCACAGAAAGCACUUUCUCCUGGCCUUGUUUAUGAUGCCUCAACGAGAGAUUACAUUACUUUCUUGUGCUCCUUAAACUACAAUCCUGAACAAAUCCAACUCGUUGUUAAGCAACGAGGUGUCAAUUGUACCAAGAAGUUCUCUGAUCCUGGUCAGUUGAACUACCCUUCUUUCUCGGUCGUGUUUUCAGGUAAGAGGGUUGUGAGAUAUACCCGCAUUUUGACAAAUGUUGGCGAGGUGGGAUCUGUCUAUAAUGUUGUGGUUGAAGGGCCACCUACCGUGGGGAUAGUGGUGAGACCUUCUAGGCUUGUGUUUAAGAAAGUAGGGGAAAGAAAAAGGUACACUGUGACUUUUGUUUCUAAGAAGAGUGCUGAUGCUUCUUCGGUUAGGAAUGGAUUUGGUAGCAUUCUAUGGAGCAAUACACAGCACCAAGUUAGGAGUCCAGUUGCUUUUGCUUGGACAAGUUUGUGA